AGAGAGAGAAAGAGAGAGAGAGGGAAUUAACCCCGCGCGCAGUCCCGGCGCAAGAAGAAGAGGAGGAAGAGGAGGACAGAGCGCGCGCUGGAGGCGACACCUGUCAGUCCGUUUCCAAACACCAAUCGGUUUGUUUAGAGAAAAAGAGAAAAACCCCUGAGACCUCCCGAAGACCCGCGGGAUUAACCGAGGUGGAAAUAGAGGCUGGUCGCACACAUCGCCGCUGUUUGACGCUCGGGGGAGAGACGGACACGGAGUGAAAACAGGAGUGUGUGGCGGCAGCGUUAUGACAGGACGUGCCCGAGUUAAAGUGGCGGAGUUGACGCAGGUUAGAUGUCGAGCGACUGCCGGAGAGAGAGAGAAGGAACGGGACUUUAUCUGAGGUUGGCGCUCGGUGACACUCGUCCAGCUUUCCGGCUGAAGCAAACAUCACUGACGUCCACCUUCAGGAUAACAGACAGCAGCCCGCUUCACUAAUCUGUGGGCGAACUUUUCACAUCGAGCCACGUGACCGACCAUCAUCACAGCGCAACUGUGGACUACAGACAGUAAACACACUCAUUAGGCUUCGCUGCGUCACAAGUGGAUCUGUGUGAAGUGACAAAGAAGCGAUCAAACAUUUAACAGAGGAAAAGAGCCCAACUCUUACAGCCUGUAUUCAGCAUCAGGUCAACCUGUCCAUCACAGCCUCCAAACGUGCUUAUUACCAUCACCAAACUGUGAAAUUUAUGUUGUCGUAAUUGUGACAAUACAACCAAUAAUAACGGAUCAAAUUUUCCUAAAGACCUUUUUACUGGAUUUUUGUGAGCACUGGAAAAUCCCACGAACUCUCAUCCCACUGCUCAUUAAUUAAGACCAGGACCUGGCAAUUCAAAGCAAGCGUAGAACGACACGGCCCUAUUUUUGCAUGACCCACUGAUUGCAUGAAUAUCCAGGAUUACUUUUGACUUCGAAGAAGGACCCUUGAGCCCCCAACCAUCUUCUGGCUGUCUGCCAGACUGUAGCAUUUGGGUGUGGAGGAGUUGUUUCAGAAUUAGGCCUCUGGACACCCAUUGAAGAUGACUUGAGUUGGCAGGCAUAAAAACCCCUUACCAAAAAAGAAAAAAAAAAUACCCAGAGAGAGAGGGAGCUUGGCAGCAGGACACACAAACACAAAUGUGGGUGCCGAGGCGGCUUUGAGCCAUGCUGGUGUCGCUGCUCGCGGAGCCCUGGAGUACAGGCUAUCAUCAUCCCUAUCAUCAUUCACCCAAGCUGAGGAAGAUUCAACGGCCCGAAGGAACGAGGCGACACUUCUGAACAAUUCAAAGAAUCUGAGCUUACACACAGAGAUCCAGAGCGACGUCCUCAAUCACACAUACAGACACACGCACGCUAAACCUUGAUUCAGAAAAAACAAAACUGCAGCGGCGGACGUGAAAGGCACAGAGACUGAGCAGGAGCUGUGUACCAACAUGGCAGCUGAGAGUCUUGCUGAGCUCCGCGACUGGCUCUUUCUGCUUCUCCUGUGCCUCACCUUAUUGGCUGAGGUGCUGGAACUGGCGGCAGCGGCAAUUGCCAUGGAGACGGGCGAGGGAGAUGAGGGCAUUGUUUGUCCCUCAGUAUGCCGCUGUGAUGAGGGUUUUGUCUACUGCAACGACCGUGGCCUCAGCCUAAUUCCUCCACUACCGUUAACAGCUGCCAUCCUCUACUUGCAGAGCAACCGGCUGAGUAAUGCCGGACUGCCUCCCUCACUGGAACGUAGUAAUUCCAUACGAGUGAUUUACCUGUAUGCUAACCAAUUAGAUGAAUUCCCUAUACACCUCCCGCCUUCAUUACGAGAGCUCCAUUUGCAGGAUAAUAAUAUACGAACGUUACCGCGGUCAAGUUUGGCCAAAUUACCAUUGCUAGAACGUUUACACCUGGAUGAUAACUCUAUAUCUACGGUUAGCAUCCAGGAGAGAGCUUUUUCGGGGACUCCACGGCUUCGACUGCUGUUCCUGUCUCGAAACCACCUGUCAAGCAUCCCUGCGGGCAUGCCAGCUUCCUUGGAAGAGUUGCGACUUGACGACAACAGAAUUAGCACCAUCCCCACACAUGCCUUCCGGGGGCUCUCGUCACUGCGGCGCUUAGUCCUGGAUGGGAACCUGUUGGCCAACACACGCAUUGCAGAUGACACCUUUUCCCGUCUCUCCAACCUGACUGAGCUGUCGCUGGUCAGGAAUGCCCUGCAGUCACCACCUGUCAAACUGCCUUCAGCUCACCUGAUAAGACUCCAUUUGCAAGACAAUGGAAUGACCCACAUACCAAGGGGGGCACUUGAUGGGAUGCGGCGGCUACAGAGGCUGGACCUGUCAGGAAACAAUCUGACCAGUCUCCCCCGAGGACUUCUGAAGGACACAGAAGGCCUGGAGAUGCUACUAUUGCGAGGAAACCCCUGGUACUGUGGGUGCAACCUUCGCUGGCUACACGCCUGGCUGCACAGCCGGGGGGCAGGAGUGACAGUCAGAGGUCUGACCUGUCAAGGGCCUGAGCGUGUAAGGGGCCAGCUCUUGCGAGACCUAACUGACCUGAUGGAGCAGUGUGAAGGCCCUCCUGUUGGUCCCAGCACUGGAGUCGGGGUGAACCCAGCAGAAAAAGAUGGAGGAAGUGAAGAUGGUGUUGGAGGCGGCCAAGCAGUGGCUUCAGUUCCACAUGGCAGCACCACCACUUCCUCUCUGUUGGUCUCCACACAAGGUUCCCUCUUUACCCUGCGAGCCAAGCGGCCGGGCAUUGUUAUGCCUCUGCCUCCCAGUGAAGGAGGACAGAUAUCUGGAGAGGCCUUGGAGCUGACUGUAAAACAUCUCUCUUCAGACAGUGUAGUGGUCAGUUGGCUGUGUCCACAGCCAGUACCCUCCUUCCGCUUGUCGUGGCUGAGAUUGGGUAGCAGUGCAUCUCUUGGUUCAAUAACGGAGACUUUGGUUCCUGGGGAGAGGACACAGUACCUCCUUAACCAGCUCAGCCCACACUCACAUUACCUCAUCUGCCUGCUGCCACUACGACAGGAGCACUCCUUUGGGGGUUCUAGCAUGGGUUCAUCGCGAUCUGGCAGCAUGGACACAGACAGUAAAGACUCAGCCCCUGCCUGUGCUCAAAUAGAGACUGGAGAUGCUCUGAUUAGCUCAGGAGGGGAGGGGUCAGAUAAAGAGGGCCAGGACUCAGAGAUAACAGCCCUGCCAUUAGCUGGGAUCAUAGGGGGUGCUACAGCAUUGGUAAGCCUGUUGUUGAUAUUUGGCAUCUUCUGCUGGUAUGGACAGAGGGCAGGUUACAUGUCCGGGGACUCGGGCUCAUACAGCAGGGGCCGAGGUGGAAAAACUUAUGAUGACUAUGUAGAAUCGGGCACCAAGAAAGACACUUCCAUUUUAGAGAUCAGGGCCCCUCCGCCAGGGUUUCAGAUGACAACUAUGGCCCAUCAGCCACUGCAACCGAAGCUGGAGGAUGUUACCUAUAUUCACACCAUUUUCCCCUCCUCUUCUUCUUCCUCCCAAGCUAACGGGACCUACCGGAGCACCCACGGGGCUGGCAGCCUAAAUGGCACCAUUCUCAGCCAAACCAGCCACCAUCAUGUCACUUACGGCACCAACCGUGGCUACAGAGAUGGUGGUAUCCCCGACAUAGAUUAUGCCUACACGUGAUGAUACAGGGACACUGUCCCUAAGCCAUGUAUGCCAGAGGUCCCAUUUAGGAUGACGACCCUUGGCUAUUGGCCAUUUUGUCCUUGGUUUCCAAAGUACCCUCUGUGCCUCUGCUGGUUCAAUUCUGAUUGGUUUGUUAAGUAGAAAAGCCUGAUUUUAGCAAUGCUGAUUGGGCAUUGCUAUUGAGUGACAGAAGUUACUGUCCUGCUAUACUCUGCUACUGUAUACAACAUUAUACAGUAGGCCUUUUCAGCUCUACUUAUAGUUAUGAAUGGUUACGUUUUCUCUUUUGGAUAUCUCAGUGUCUUUCAAACCUACUGUUCUUCUAAGCUCAUAAUAUUACACAGUAACUUAUUUGAGGUUGAUAUAGUAGGCUUAGCUGAUUUAGCAGGAGAUAUAUUUAUUAUAUGAGGAAAAGGCACUUGAUGUGUAUAGCGAUAGCUCUCGUAUCUCCCUACCAACUGUAAGCUCUGUGCUGUAUAGAUAAAAAGGAUAACAGAGGGAGAAUUCAAUGGUUGUUAUAACCCACAGAUGACAAUGCAUCAUGGUUGACAUGAAAAGAUGUGUUUCUAGCCCCCUCCAUUCCCCUGUUUUACUCCCCUGCUUUUUAAUUUGUUCUCCUUUCUGCCCCUUUUUUUUUGGCUGAGAUUCUUUCCUUUUAUUUCUCUCAUGUCUGCCGUUAGCAGAGGACGACUUUGUUCUCGCCAAGGGAGCUGACAGAAGUGAUAACAGUCCUGACAGAGACUGGAGACACAAACCACAGCAUGAGGAGACUAAUGAGAGGGGGAGAGGAGAGUGAGAGAGAGAGACAGAGAGAGAGAGAGAGAGAGAGAGAGAGAGAGAGAAAGACAGAGAGAGGGGGGGUGAUAAAUGGAUGGAUGGAUGGAGGGGGAGAACAUGAAAGAAGACAAGGGGGGAAAGAGAAGGGUGCCGGUUUGGGCUCAGAGACGCUGAGAAAGGUGUGUUGGCUCAAGGCAGUGAGGACAGAAAAGUGGAGAAAAAAGGCAGAUAAGUAAAAAGCAGGGCGUGUGACAAAUGCAGCGGCAGGAGGUAAAAAAGCACACAAAAGGAAAAGAGGAUGGGGGAUCGAGAAGCGUGCGGGCGGGGCAAAGCAGAGAGGUGACAACUGGAGUAAUGUAACAUCAUCAUCCCAAAAAAUGACUCAAGUUCUACCCACCAUGUAUCCACGACUGCACUCAGCAAAAAAUAGUGAUAACAGGCUGCACACUUCUUUCCAAGACUGAUGUUUCAGCUGCCAGUGAGUGAUCAUUAUCAUUACAAGUCAAAGACUCAAAGAAUUAUACCUGAGCUUUCACCUUAUGUAACACGUUUCAUCAUCAAAACAUGGACGUUUACAACCUUUACUCAAAAAUCUGGAAAUCAGAGCAAAACACAAAAAAAUGUCAACACCGUAGGAAAAAUGACAAGCUUGUGAAGAGCGGCUGUUAAAGAGCUCCCUCUCAGAAUUUUAAAAAGGUACAGCAUGUUCCCAGUUUCUCUUGUGGACUGGUCUCAUUAUUAAAUUACAUUUGCAAAUGAAGACAGAGAAAUAAAAAGUCUUAUAAUAGUAACCCAUUAUCAUCUGGAGGCUGGCUACAUUUAUUAAAUAAAACUUUGAAGAGAAAUGUUUUAGCAGCUAAUAAUCUCUUGGUGGAAAUCAGAACUACUGUGGUCUUUUGGCUAAAAAUUACACACACAAAUAAUUAAUUUCAAUCUUAUUGAAAAAAAUUCUAUACACAAUAGGGUAUGAUUAGACAACAUGUAUAUACAUAGAGGAUUACUGGACUUGGAUAUUAUUAAAUGAAUAACAGAUUAUAGCUCAAAUGACCAUGAUGCUUUUGGAAAAAAAUAAAGACCAAAUGACAAAUUUUAUAACUUCAUCACAAUGAUGUAAACAUCUGUUUAAACUCCUGUGUUGUCAUCAAGUAGCUUUGCCUGUUUAUUUUGAAUCAAUAUAAAUUGAAUCUGCAACAAUCAUUUUCUAACUAAAAAUUUUAAAACUUGUUUCCCCGUCUUAAUUGAGAGUAUUUUCUACUUUUCUUGUGAAUAAGAAAAUGUUUUAACCAUCAUUUAGAUUAAACAAGUCAUCACCUGGGGCAGUUUUAAAGGGUGUUUCUUCACAAUUUCUUGACAAUUAAAAGACCAGAUUAUUAUUUGCAGUUCUACAAAAUUAUCUCAUUGUAUACCAUCUUAAAAGAGUGUAUUUUAAUUCUUAAUGAUAGUAACAAUUGAAAUUUCAGACUUGAUGUGGUGCAUUCUGGGAGAUAAAUUACUUUGGUUGACUGUGGUCGUCCAGUUCGGUCUUGGCACAGCAUCGAUACCGUUGUGUUAUAACAGGGAUCAUAGCCUGACCGCUUCACGGUGUAGUUCAAUGUAAACACACUACCCAGCUACACGGCACCUCCUUCCACUGACCCUGUGAAUAUACUGUAAAGGGAGGAAGAACUUCAAAAGACAACGCUAACAAAAAGUGAGAGAUUUAUAGAGAAGGUGGAGAGAGAAAAAAUAAAGAGUGAGGCUGUGGAGGGGAGGAUGGGGGAGGCCCAAUUUAGAUAGAGCCUGUGAGUGUUGAAGCCCAUUCUUGCUUUCAGUAGCUCUCUUCCUCUGUUCAAGCCUGUGCCACUGUGCAGGAGUAAUAUUGGAAGAGCUCAGAUGUGAGGUUUGAUUUUUUUAUGUCUGCAUUUGUUUUUCUUUUUUACAGAGCACUGAAGAACCCUUUCAUUCUGUGUAGAAAUCCUUUUUCCUUUAAAAAUGUGGUAAUGAAAACACUCUUAUGUAUAAACAUAGAAAUGGGUGCAAAACGCUAUUCCAUUUAUCGGUCUGUCGUCUUUUUUCUAUGCAGAAGAAUAAAGACUUGAGGAAAAGCA